UUCAAGCGGUCGGACUCGGAGUGUCCCCUCUUUCAAGCAAUCGCGCUCCAAAAGAAGCUCAUAUUCUUCUCUAAUCCCUCAAAAUCACACAAACAAAGUAUUGCGAAGAAAAGCUUUGGCAUUUGAUCAUUUUCUGCAUCUAAAUGUCGAUCUUUGAGUAUAAUGGGAGCGCCCUGGUGGCGAUGGUGGGGAAGAACUGCUUCGCCAUCGCCAGCGACCGGAGGCUCGGCGUGCAGCUGCAGACGAUCGCCACCGACUUUCAGAAGAUUUACAGGAUCCACCAUAAGCUCUUCAUCGGUCUUGCUGGCCUCGCUACUGAUGCCCAAACUCUGUAUCAGAGGCUUGUAUUCCGGCACAAGUUAUAUCAUCUUAGGGAAGAGAGGGACAUGAAGCCUGAAACAUUUGCUAGCCUCGUAUCCGCAGUUCUCUACGAGAAAAGAUUUGGUCCAUACUUUUGCCAACCUGUUAUUGCUGGAUUGGGAGAUGAUGACAAACCCUUCAUUUGCACCAUGGAUUCAAUUGGGGCAAAGGAACUUGCCAAAGAUUUUGUUGUCGCUGGAACUGCCUCUGAAUCACUCUAUGGUGCCUGCGAAUCAAUGUUCAAACCUGACAUGGAAGCUGAGGAAUUGUUCGAGACCAUCUCACAAGCUCUGAUAUCGUCAGUAGACCGUGACUGCUUGAGUGGCUGGGGAGGACAUGUUUACCUCGUCACACCGACUGAAGUUACGGAGAGAAUUCUCAAGGGAAGAAUGGAUUGAUAUUUCUUUGGAGCUCAAAGACUAGAAGGCUAUGUACUUUAUUUUAAUAGUGGCUUGCUUAUGUUGAUGGGACAAUUCAUUUACUGUUGGUGAUUUCAUGCCUUAUUCUAAGCUUUUUCCUUGUCUCAAAACAUCAAUGUGGAGUUUUUAAACAGGCCACCAUAAUUGUGCGAUUUAUGCAUUUCACGUCUUUUAGUUCUCA